UGAAAAUGUUAGGUUUUUGUUGUUAUUAAUACACAUCGAAGGACAUAUAUCUUAAAGAGACCUGAAAGUAUAUCUGAAUAGAUAAUAUACCAUGACAACGUGACGGCUUCAUGCUUACAUGUGCAUGUAUUAGACCUCAGAGAAAAUGAAGAGUUCAAAAGACAUUUUCUUCAAAGUGUACUUGCUGACAGCAACUAUAUAUUGCAUGUCUUCCUUUGAACUGACUUGCCCGGACACAUCGCAAUGGAAUUUUUUGUCACAGAGUCGAUGUUCCAAUAAACAUGACAACCCACACUACUAUUGUUUGUAUGAUGCCAACAACCUGGAAUUUAUAGAGAAAUGCAGAAAGAAAACUGAUUUUCAAAGACCAGGGUACAAAUUUGUGUUUAGAGGAUCGCUGGAUGCAAUUGAAUGCGCUACUGAAUAUUAUCAGCCAUUUAAAUUUUGGACAAAUGUUAGUAGUGAAUGUCUUUUGCGGAAGUCAGAAUGUGCAGAGGAGGGACAGAUAACCAUCGACAAUGGUAAUUCUACGUUUGAUAGGAUAUGUCGUUGCGACUAUACCCGAGGCUAUACUUUUAACAAAACUCCAGUGCAUAAAUGUUUUUGUAUGUCAUCUGAAGAAGAUUGUUCAUGUCAUAAAAGGCUGUGUCCAAUCGACCAUAUUUUAACUCCAGAUUAUGGAUGCGUCAAACAAGAGGAAUGGACUGGUCAUUAUGUCUGUCCUACAAUUAAGAUACCAAUGUUAAAAGAAGCUGAGUGCUCUACUAGACCAACACCAGUUCCAACGUUUGAUACACCAGGACCUGAUAUAUCCAAUAUAUUUCGAGCUGAAGACCCAAUACAUAUUGAUGUGUGGUAUACAGUUAUUGUUGUAGCAGGUGUUAUAACUAUAUUGAUCGGUUUGAGAUGUUUGCCGAAAUGCUAUAGUAAGUACAUUAAGCCGUAA